UCCAAUCACUGGUGGUGUUCAGUUUACUUUGCUGAGCUGUUUGCUCUAUGGGGACAGAAGCUGGCGGUGGCCCUCAUGGUGCAGGCUGUUCAUAGAAUUUGGAGCUGCUUCUGGGUCUUUUGCCACUUAGAGAAUGAAGAAGUCCUGGACGUGGACUUGGAGGGUGCCGGCAGAGCUGCUGCUUCUCUGUGCCGCCCUGGGCUGUCUCUGUGUGCCUGGCUCCAGAAGUGAAAGGCCACGUUCCCUUGAGUCAACUGUGGUCAACAGGAGCCUUGCUAAGAGCAGACAUAGCCGGAGUGUGGAUGCCACCCCGAUGCCCAUUGAUUGUGAACUGUCCAGCUGGUCCUCGUGGACCAUGUGUGACCCUUGCCAGAAGAAAAGGUACAGACAUGCCUAUUUGCUGCGGCCCUCUCAGUUCAAUGGGGAACCAUGCAACUUCUCUGACAAGGAGGUGGAAGACUGUGCUACCAGCAGACCCUGCCGAAGUCAAGUGCGAUGUGAAGGCUUUGUGUGUGCACAGACAGGGCGAUGUGUGAACCGCAGGCUUCUUUGCAAUGGGGACAAUGACUGUGGAGACCAGUCCGAUGAGGCCAACUGCAGGAAGAUUUAUAAAAAAUGUCACCAUGAAAUGGAGCAAUAUUGGGCAAUUGGCAGCCUGGCUAGCGGGAUAAAUUUGUUCACCAACAGUCUGGAGGGACCGGUUCUGGAUCACAGGUAUUACGCCGGUGGAUGCAACCCUCAUUACAUCCUGGACGUGAGGUUUAGGAAGCCAUACAAUGUGGAAAGCUACACCCCACAGACCCAAGGCAAAUACAAAUUUGCGCUGGCAGAAUAUGAAUCCUACUCAGAUUUUGAACGCAAUGUCAUGGAGAAAACAUACAGCAAGUCUACUUUCAAUCUGGGUUUUAAAAUACCUAGCAUAUUUGAAUUUGGCAUUAACACAGAAAGUGAUCAACUCAUGAAUUAUAUCAGCAGAACCAAACGCUUCUCUCACACGAAAAGCAAGUUUCUGCACGCGCGCUCUGCCCUUGAAGUAGCUCAUUACAAGCUGAAGCCUAGAAACCUCAUGCUCCACUACGACUUCCUGCAGCGAGUGCAGCGGCUGCCGCUGGAGUACAGCUACGGGGAGUACAGAGAUCUCUUCCGGGAUUUCGGGACCCACUACAUCACAGAAGCUGUGCUCGGGGGCAUUUAUGAAUACACACUUAUCAUGAACAAAGAGGCCAUGGAGAGAGCAGACUAUUCUCUGAAUGACGUCCAAGCCUGUGCCAAAAAUGAUUUUAAACUUGGUGCUGCCAUUGAAGAAGUCUAUGUCAGCCUGGGGGUGUCAACGAGCAAAUGCCGCAGUAUCCUGAAUGAAAUAAAAGACCGCAACAAAAGGGACACCAUGGUGCAAGACUUGGUGGUCCUUGUUCGAGGUGGGGCAAGUGAGCACAUCACCGCCUUGGCGUACAGUGAUCUGCCGACGGCAGACCUGAUGCAGGAGUGGGGAGACGCCGUGCAGUACAACCCAGCCAUCAUUAAAAUCAAGGACAGGAUGUGGCAUCAUGGCAAUGACGAACAUGCUUGGAGCCCCUGCACUGGUCAUGACAGUCUGCCAUGAACUCCAGGAAAGUUAUUUCACUGAACCCUCACAAUCAUCUGCAAAUUAAGUAUUUAUCUCCAUGGUGUGGCUGUUAAAAAUCAACAGUCAGAGAACUUACAUUCAUCUGUGGCUGCUUGAGUCUCUACUAGGUCCAGACGGGAGAUUUGACUUGUUCCUUCCCCUCUAGAUUUUCCUCUGGGUUUAGUGAAUCAUUUAAAAAAAAGUGACCCUAACCACCUGUCACCCAAGCGAGAGUUUUGAAACCUUUAACUAACAAGACUUUUGUUCAAUGAGAUUGUCACACACAUCAGCGAUGGUUGGCCUUUGCCUCUGUGGACUUCUGCACAACAUCUCCAGCAAUCCUACACAUCCUCCUCCUGCCAGUGUCUGCAUAGUCAUGGAUGGGCCCUGCCCCUGAGAUGCCCCCUUGCAGUCAAGUGAGGGACCAGAGCUCUGAAGAGAGAUGCUUCUGUCUCUGACCCUGAACAUUUGCCACAGUGUCUUUUUUUAAAAGAUUUAUUUUGUUUAUUUAAAAGAUAGAGUUACAGAGAGAGGUAGAGCCAGAGAGAGAGAGAGAGAGAGAGAGGUCUUCCAUCCACUGGUUCACUCCCCAAAUGACAGCAAGAGCCAGAGCUGAGCUGAUCCAAAGACAGGAGCCAGGAGCUUCUUCUGGGUCUCCCAUAUGAGUGCAGGGGCCCAAGGACUUGGGCCAUCUUCUAUUGCUUUCCCAGGCUGAAGCAGAGAGUUGUAUAGGAAGUGGAGCAGCUGGGACUUGAACCAGUGCCCAUAUGGGAUACCGGUGCUGUAGGCCAGGGCUUUAACCCACUGCAGCAUAGCACUGGCCCCAUCCACAGUUUCUUUGUGCGUCAAAUGAAGAGUUUCAACAGGACAACAUAGUUGCCAUCGAAGUCCUCCCCUCUGCACUUACUCAGUAGUAGUUCUUAGGGUACAGUUUCUGGCAAGCAAGAGAUAGAUAAAGGUAGCCAUGGGGCAGGAAGCUCUAGAAGAACCUGGGCUUGAUGCUACGGUAAUAUUGGUUGGUAUCACAGAUGGUCCUGGAAGAGAACAAAGAGUUCAGGGAGCAGAAAGAUCUCCGGUCUUCAUUUUAUUGAGAUUUAUUGUAUUAAUCUUGGUUGGUUUUUGUUUGUUUGUUUGUUUUUUAGCUAAGAAGAAAGAGAAUGCCCUGGUUACUCAGAUAGGUUGCAUAUGUCAGCCUAGGUACUGGGAAUGUCAAGUGCCAAGCAUGUGUUGCCUUGUGGGGUGUGUCGGAGAAUCAGAGGUUCUCAGGAGCUGCAGGAGCAAGGCAGGAAAGAGUGUUGUAGGUUUUCAUGCACCUGUGUACCUCUUUAGCCUGUGUUGCAAAUUCAUCCUUUGCUGUUCCACCUUUUGAUACACUCAUUCUGGCAAGAGAAAGCUGCAGAUGUCUUCCCGUUGUCUCAGCCUAAUCCCUCUUUGCAGAGCCAGCUUGCCAGGUAGCUGGGGCGGUGAUUGCUUUUCAGGACAGCAGAAGCCACUAGAAGAGUAAUCGCUAGAUCUAAGGCUGGAGUGUAUAAACCAGUCUCUAAGAUCAAGACUUGGAACAUGAUUUUAUAGAAGCAAAAUUGGUAGGGAAGGGGAUCCCAGAAGAAGCCAUUCACAUUGUUUACUGGUAAAUUUUAAACAUCAAGAAAUGGAUCUUUGUUCAGUGAUGGACAUGUAAAGAGAUUUUUGAACACAAAAGGUUGCUAUCAUGUUUGAGAUGCUGAAAAUGAACAUCCGUUUAAUAAAAUGGAAAAACAGAAGUAAAUUGUAUGAUGCAUUUGCUCUGGGAUUGUAAUAAAAUUCAAGAAAAUGAGGAAUUUAUAAAAUGGGAAAAUUGCAGCUAAGAUGUUUAGACCCUAAUCAGACGAAAAGGAAGUGGCUGAGUAUAGGAAACCAACAGCAAAAUAGAAUUAAAACUUCCAUUGGAAACUAUAAAGGACAGAAUUGGCCCUGCGGAAAAUUGAGUCAGCGAGGUGAAAGGUGCUGUAAAAACGUUCAUAUACAGAAGCAAAAGACAAAGAGAUUGAAGCAAUGAAGGGAUAGAGUACAGGGGAGGAAAUCUAAGAGGCUUCUUAUCGAGAAAGAGACGAGAUUAAAUGUGAAGAUGCAUUAAUCAGGAGUUUCCCUGAGCUGAUAAUGCAAAGUGAACAGCUCAUUGAAAACCAGGCAAAAACACGGACGCAAAACCAUCCAGAAACACACCCUGGUGCAAGGUUUUACCUUGUUGUAGCGAUCAAAUCCUGCAGGAAUAAAAGUCAAAUUGGCUUCUUUGCAAUAUAAAAUGUCUGCAGACAAUGGGGUGAGAAGCACCAGGACUUGAAGGAAAAGCCUGUGGCCCAGAGAAAGGACCCCUACGAGUGAAGACACCAAAGAUGCUUUGCUUUGCAGAGGUGCAGGAGGCACAGGGCAGGGCUGUGGGUUCAGCAAAGGACAAAACAGCAUAGCCAGUCGAAGCCCAAUUGCAGAUACAUGAGGAAUUGUCUUCUAGGAUAAGCAAAUCUCGAUACUGCACAGGGCACACUUACGCAAAUGUGAUUUGUUGUUUAUGGCAUUCAAGUGUCACUGCUUUUUACUGGUAAUUCUAGCCACAGAUUCUAUCACCUAUGUCCAUUUCUAUACCAAUCAGAGUAGCAACAUGUGGGAUGGGGCCUUGGGGGCUGAAGAAGCUGGUGAACAGUCUCACACUGAGGUCGGGAUGGCCACAUGUGGCAGAGAAGCAAACCUCAAAUCAUAGUCGUUUAGUACAACAGGAGUUGUUCUCAACCCUACAACAGAUCCCAAGUCUUUUGGCUUCACUCCAUGUAGUCACUCAGGGAUCCAGACCACAGGGCUUGGUCUUGGCGUGUGCUCCCAAUAUGACCACAGCAGUUAUCAGGGAGUGAGUCUGAUUACCUGACUCCACCAUGAAGUUUCACCUGGAAGGGACACUCUCUUCCACCCACCUUUCACUGGCCAGAACAAGGAGGGCAGGAACUGUGGCUUUGCCCUGCAUCCCAAAAGAGAAGCAGCUAUAAUCCUUAGCCAAGAGUAAUAAGAAUCUGUACACCUUUCUAAAACCAAAUUACUCUGACAAUGUAGAGAGGUUAAAGAUACAAAGGCUGUGGUAGCACCUGCCUGGUAAGACAAUGUUGGAUCUGGACCAAGAGAUCUCACCCCCAAAGGUAAACUGAAGAAUAAUUAAAUGGCAGACAACACACCCCAAGGAAAUAACUUUGCCAAGUGAAAUUCUUAGUAUGUGAGGGAAGAUGCAAUUGAUGAGACAGGAACAUCUCAAAGGAAAUGGACAACCCUCCAUUGCCUUAAAUAUGGAAUAAAUAUAUUCAAAUGUUUACAAUUAAUACAUUUAUUUAUUGAAAAAGUUAAUGUAAUGAGUAAGUUAUUUUAGAUCUAUUAAAUUUGUUGAUUUAUUUAUUAAAAAUUUGACAAAUGUUUGACUUCCCUAGUAAUAAAAAUUAUAAUCAAAUUAAUGCAAUAUUAAUUUUACCUCCUAAGUUGACAAUGAUUAAAAGUCUAUGUUAAGGCCGGUGCCACGGCUCACUAGGAUAAUCCUCCACCUUGCGGCGCUGGCACACCAGGUUCUAGUCCCGGUCAGGGCGCCGGAUUCUGUCCCGGUUGCCCCUCUUCCAGGCCAGCCCUCUGCUGUGGCCAGGGAGUGCAGUGGAGGAUGGCCCAGGUGCUUGGGCCCUGCACCCCAUGGGAGACCAGGAAAAGCACCUGGCUCCUGGCUCCUGCCAUCGGAUCAGCGCGGUGCGCUGGCCGCAGCGCACCGUCCGCGGUGGCCAUUGGAGGGUGAACCAACGGCAAAAGGAAGACCUUUCUCUCUGUCUCUCUCUCCCACUGUCCACUCUGCCUGUCAAAAAAAAAAAAAAAAAUA